AUGCAGAACGUUCCGGGUCGCAAUUCGAGUUCCGGCAGGAAAGCUGCUUAUACAAACACUUCCAUGCCAAACACCCAUGGAACCGAGUGUACUGGAACCCAACCUACUCCGACAAGCCUUGGCCAAAAAACAGGUGAAAAUGCGGACUUCAGCUCAGCAGUAGUAGACCCGACAGCGGCAUUCCAGUUCAGCGACCCAUUCAACCAAAUUCUCUUUGGCUAUCCGACCGCUGCGGACCCCCUCCAUGUCAUCAACGAGUACAACCCAAGUCAGCCUGCCCACCCUGGAUUGCACGAGUAUCAGCCAGGAGGGGAGAUUCUAGAACAAUUGUUCCUGAGUCGCCCCCCGAUGGUCCCCUUGCCGGAAGCUGCUGCGGUCCCACCCGCGCUGACCUAUGGCAUACGCGGAGGUCGCGGGCAAGAACCCAUGAUACCCCAACUUGCCACACUCCGCUGCAAGUGGGAAGGUUGUACGUAUUCGCGAUCCUUCAACAGGAGAGAAGAACUGCUCCGACAUGUCAGAAACCUCCAUGUUUCUCCCCGGUCUUACCCUUGCGAAACGUGCGGUCGGCGAUUCAAUCAGUCAUAUAACAGAGCGGUCCAUAUGCGGGUUCAUCAGAUGGGAGGGGUAUCACGUGGGUGA